AUGUCGAUGUCUCGCAACGGUUCUGAUGUCUACCUGUCUUAUUCGGCCGGGAAGAACGGCCAACCUGCCGAAAACGGUCCACGUGCUCGUAAACCGAAUACCUCUUUGGAUCACGAAGGAAUCUCUCUUGAACGCAUUCGUGAACUCAGAAAGCGGAGAGGAGGAGUGUUGUCUUCGUUAACGUCCAAGCGUCGAGAGAUCGAUAGUCUUUUAACGGAUGUAAAUAAUUUGGAGACGGUGAAAGUAAAGCUGUCGGAAAUCACGUCGCUAUUUCGAAGAUUUACCGAGGCUCAUGACGCGUAUAAUGUAGCUCUGGUUGAGGAAAGUCAGAGACAAGAAUCAGACCUCUAUUUCGCCGACAUUGAAAGCAGUUUAGAUUUUUUCUGCCGUACGGUCAAUGAUUGGUUACGUGUCACGGAAGCCAGGCUUCAAGAUAACCUGAUAACGCCUGACGACAGCGCUUCUCAAAUUGGGUCCGAGGUUCGUAGCAAGUCUAGACCAUCCAUGUGUGGAUCGAGAACGAGUCACUUUUCUAAAACGAGCUCCAUAUCUGCUGCAAGAGCCAAAGAGGCAGCUCGCAUCGCGGAACUUCGAGCGGAGGCACACGCUUUGAAACACCGCCAUUCGCUUCAGGAAUCGGAGCUACGCCUCAAGAGGCAAGAGUACGACCUGCAGUUGAAGAAAGAUGAAUUAAACCUCAAAACUGAGUACGCUAAAGCGGUGGCUAGAGAAGAAGCUUACGCUCAAGCUGAAGCGGGUAAUUUCGCGCCUAGCAACGUGGCCUCUAGGAAUCCUCGUUGUCCCGUUUCAGUCGUAUCCUCCAUCACUGAAAAGUCAAGGACUGGUGGUUCAAAACGUGAGUCAUUUGUACCUGCCGAUAAGAAAGAGAAAUUGUCUGUGAAGUCAAGUAACCCGGUUAAAGAUCAUAAGGGUGCUGUGAGUGAUUCAAGUUCAAGC